GCAAAGGAAAGGGGGGGAAGGAUGAGAUAACAUAUACAAGGUGAAAUCAGUUUAAAUAAAAAGGCUUUUAAUGGCAUCACUUGUAUUUACCUCUAAGAGCUUCAAGUAUUUAAUCAGAUGUGAGCACGCAGCUUUAUGGCCAGAUGUCAGUGGCGUGUACGCGCGUGUGCGCCUUGCACACUCAGGGCUGUGGGCACAUCUAGGAGGGGGCAUCGCCCCUCAGAUGCACAGGGGUGCCCCCCCCCCCGCCCGCCCGCAUCCCAAAAAGAGGCGUUUUGCAAACACUUGGCAUAACACCCCCACCACCACCAUACUUGUACCAUUGGGAUUUUUUUAUUUUUUUUUUACUCCGGAGAGGGGGGGGCACGUUGGGGCUCGGUGCCCUCGGUGUGUCCCGGUUCCCGGGCAUGGCAUGGCCGCGGGGGGGGGCCCGGCUACUCCCCGGGCCGGGCUCGGACCCAAGUGGUCAACGUGGCUGGAACAAAACAGCAAAUCCCACCCAGCCCCUCUUCAAACAAACAACCCGCGGCUCGCAGGGCUGCGCAGAAUGCGAGCCUGACAGUAGCGGUUUAUUAAGGCUGUAGGCUGUUUAAGGAGGGAGGGGGGGACACCGAUUUGGAUUUGUUUCCUUUCAGUAAUUACUGAGGGAUAGAAAACACAUGUGUUGGGCUUGCAUUUUUUUGAAGCCUUUUUCUAAAUCAGUUCAUCAAUUCGCUAAUUAUAGCUGGGAGGGGGGAGGAAAUCUCCCGACACAUAUUUUUUCUUUCUCCCCCCCCCCCUUUCCCUCUCCUCUCCCUCUCUCCCUCUCUGUGUGAACAUCAGAGUGGGGAGAAGGGGGAAAAAAAGGGGGGAAUAUGGCUUAUGAGUGGUGAAUGUUAUUUCAGAUUUCUAUGGGCGCUUUUCUUUUCUGGGAACAAAGAGCAACUCCUAUUAAAGAGCUACUCGAAGACUUGUACAUAUUUCUACUGCUGUGUAGCACUUUUAAUAAAACAUCUGUUCUUGCUUCUGCUGAUGAGUUUACAUAAUUGUUUGCAGACCAAUUUAACCAGAAAGCGCCCCACAUAUUCCCUGUACAUGUUUUCAUGGGGGAAAAAAUAAAUACCUUUUUGGUAGUGACAUAUCUUGAUGAAAUACUUUCGAGAAAUCCCCAAACUGCUAGAAAAUAUCAAUGGGAAAAAAAUAUCCCGUGCAUUCAAAACGUGAGACUGAGGAAUUGCAGUGAGCAAAACAUACUUUAAUGAUGCCUCAUUUGUAUUUGCAGGAGCUUUUUGGGGUGGCUGUGCUUUUUUUUUUUUUUUUUUUUUUUUCCUUCCUACCCUCUCCUCUCUGUGUCUCUGUUUCCUACCCAGAAACCUGAUUUUUAACGUGGGGAGAGGAUUCUAUUUUAAGUUUCUUUACGGCAGCUGGUUUCUGUUCACUAUAAAUCGACCAGACUUUUAAGACUUGCCCUCUGUUUAGAGAAGUAAUAAAACACUUAACUUUCUCGACUCCUAGUCACACGGUUAUCACACAGGUCUCGGAUACAACAGCCCCCGAGCACCUAUACAAAAAAAAAAUAAUAAUAAAAAAAUGUGUGUGGGGGGAGCAAAAGCAAAAAGCAAAUAAAAUAAUAAUAAUGAUUAAAAAAAUAGCCCAGAGGGUGUCCUUCCAGCACCAGACUUUCCUCCAAACUUUGGUAAGGUUGGCGUCAUUAUAAAUGCCCUUCCAUAGGUGAAACUCCCCACGUGAAUCUGCCCUAGCAAAGGUCCAACCCAUGGAGCUGGAGCUACUUUUAAUUUACUCGCCAAAUUGCAUUGGGCUGUAAGCAAUACAUAAGGUAAGACAACACGCCAAUAACUGCAAAGCCCUCAUUCAUCCAUCUAUCCGGCCAGUCCAUUUGUUGGACCCUGCAACAAUUUAAUAUCUGGAAGCAGCUUUCAGGGUUAGCGUUGGUUUCCAAAGUAACCAUGCCCUGAAAGGACUGGGUUCAGAGAUGUGCCCAUGGCUAACAAUAUUUGCAGCACAGCCCUGGCUCUCCAGAUAUGUCCAGCUGAGAGUGCCUCUGGCUUGGGGGGGGGGAGUUAGCAUGUCAGCAGAAGGCGGAAAAAACCCUCUGUAAUUGCAUUUCUUUGCUACUUUCUCUAUUUUCUCCAGUUUGUUGGAUUCCAUAAAUUCCCGGGUAGGCUCUGCCAGAGGGCUGGGGGAAAGGGGAAAGGAAGAGGAGGGGAACGAAAGCAAACUGAAGUUCUCUUUUUUGGGGAAAACGCCUGUAAAUCUUCCCCCAUGUCCAUGAGUCCUAUAUCUGUACUGGGCUGGCUACAAGUUGGGCAGCCUAAGGUAAAGUCAGGCUGCGCUCCCUAACAAGGUACAUGUGCUAAAUAACAUGGUGCAUACUUGCAGCUAUCUCCUUCUUUUGGUUAGAAACUUUAUUUUUUCCCCUAGUGACACUCAGGGGAAGCCUUAACGUUAUAGAAGAUGAAUACACGAGCUUUUUUUUUUCAGUUGUAGUCUCGUUUAUGGUUUUAUUGCUACCAUUGAUUACUUUGCUUUGUUACACAGAGGAAAAAGAGCAUAAAAUCCGUUGGCAUCCGGGUUCCUGUUAUAGCUGGGGAAAAAAUAUACAGCCCCCCCCAACCCUUCUUUGUCAGCUAAAAUCUUUUAGAGAUACAUCGCUAAAAGGAAUUAAGUCCAUUGACUGAGAGCAGGACAAACAAAUGCUCUCAGUUUCGAAUUUGAGUGUGCACCUAGAAACCCUCCUCUCAGCAGCCCCACGCACCCUUACAUUUAAAAUAAAAAUGUGGACACGAAGGAGGUUUAAAAAAAAAAAAAAAAAAAAAAAAAAAGAGAGGAGGCCAGGGUUUCCCCGCCAUAAUUGAAUUUUUAAAUAGGAAGCCACCAGAAUGAUAAAGAUACCUCGCAAUAUUUACAGAUCAGCAGGUAUGUUUUACAUUUAAGGGGCAAUUUAUGGCUCUAGAUUGAAAUUAAAAUUAGAUUAGCUGUCUUCAUUUCAAUUAGUUCUAGGUGCAAUCUACCCAGAGAAGAUGUAAUAUAAUCCCCUCUUUCAUCUAACUAAAUAUUUGCAAUAGAAGUUUCCCAAUCAGUUGUAAAUAUCUGAAACUAUAAAUUUCUGCAAACAUAAACACGAGGUUGCGUCCCCAGCCCAGGCUCCCAAUUGCUCUCAAUUACGGAUAGAAGUGCUCUUUUUUGUUGUUGUUGUUGUUGUAGUUGCUGUUGAAAAUGUAAAUAUCCUCUAGCAUUGCCACACGUUGAAAAUUAGCAGGGAAACGUGCAGGAGAGAAAUGUCAAACUGCACUAGAGGAGAAACCUAACUUCCAGACUAACCUGAGUUCGCAAUGUUGUGUGUUUCUUGUCUGUCUUUUCUUUUUUUCCCCCUCCCAAAGACAUACUUUAGGAAUGCUCUGAAACACGUUAUCAAUUCAGAAGUCGCCAUGUUUUCCCCCUCUCUUUAUGUAAUAUUUUCUCAUCAGGAACACAACCAUUUGAUUCCAUAAUAUUGACCAAUGCUACAUGAGAACAAGACAAAAAAAAAUCGGGAUAAUUUAUGGCUUAAUAUUCUGUGGACAUCUGAGAUUUAUUACUGUGAAUUCUGAGCUAUUUUAUUACAAGAUAUUAAGCAAACAUUUCUUAAAAAAAAAAAAAAUCAAAAAGAAUGGAAAAAAAAAAAAACACAAAACAACACAACACACGGUGCCUCCAAACCCCAGUGUCCAUGGGGCAGAAAAAAGGGGGGUGUGGGGGGAGAAAAGUUGAGGCUGGGUUGGGAAAUUUGCGCCAGCUCCCACUUGGCCGCAGCUGCCUCCGGGGCAGGACCCAGCGAUGGCUCCGGGAGCGCCGCCACCCCUCGGCCCCCCCCGGGCUCCCCGGGGCUGCUUGGGGGGUUUUGGGGGUGCAGGACUUACUUUCAAUGCACACUUAGUUUCAACUAGGGAAUCAACAGAAGCAAAAGCAAUUUUUCCCUUUUUGACACCCGCCUCCCCAUUGGCUCCCCCCGGGUCAGCUGACUUUGUCAUUUUGUCUGUCCUGGAGCAGAGCCUUCCCUAUAACAAUCUAGUUCAGACUACAAACUGGAGACAGAAAUAAAUAUUAAAGAAAUCACACAGCCAGGUAUAGAGGACGAUAUGAAUUCCUAUUUUACAAACCCAUCUUUAUCCUGCCAUCUAACCAGUGGCCAAGAGGUGCUUCCCAACGUAGCCCUCAAUUCAACUGCCUAUGACCCUGUCAGGCAUUUUUCUACUUAUGGAGCAGCCGUUGCUCAAAACCGGAUUUAUUCUUCUCCUUUUUAUUCACCGCAAGAUAAUGUUGUGUUUAGCUCCAGCCGAGGACCUUAUGACUAUGGAUCUAAUGCUUUUUACCAAGAAAAAGACAUGCUUUCUAGCUGCAGGCAAAAUUCUAUGGGACAUAAUACACAGACAUCAAUCGCACAGGAUUUUACCAGUGACCAAAACAGGAACACUUCGCAAGAACAAAAAACUAGCAUUCAAAUAUACCCAUGGAUGCAGCGUAUGAACUCCCACAGUGUCUGUUUUGUCUCGGCUCCCCUAGGAGUGGGCUACGGGGCCGACCGCCGGCGGGGCCGCCAGAUUUAUUCCCGUUACCAGACGCUGGAGCUGGAGAAGGAAUUUCACUUCAACCGCUACCUGACGCGGCGGCGGCGCAUCGAGAUCGCCAACGCGCUCUGCCUGACGGAGCGGCAGAUCAAAAUCUGGUUCCAGAACCGGCGGAUGAAGUGGAAAAAGGAGAGCAACUUGAGCUCGACCCUCUCCGGGGCGGGCGGUGGGGCAGCCGCAGCCGCCGCCGAUAGCUUGGCCAAGGAGGAGAAGCGAGAAGAGACAGAGGAGGAGAAGCAGAAGGAGUGAAAAGGGACGCCCCCCCCCCAACCCCCCCUCUUCGACUCCCCCCCACCCCCCCAAAAAAUAAUAAUACCCCCCCCCCCCUAUUUAUCACUGGCACAAUGUUUGGCUACGGUUAAAAAAAAAAAAAAAAAAAAAAAAGGAAAAAAAAAUGAAUAAUUAUUCUUAUAAAAGAAGAAUAAUGGGGGGGAUUAUUAAAAAAAAAAAAGGCUAAUGUGGAAAUGUGGAAACCCCCCCCAGCGCUCCCCACACACUUCACAACUCCCCGCUCUCUUCAGUGCCCCCCCCUUCCCCCCGCACACACAUCGCCUAUUUAUCUCACUCGGAAUAAGACUGUUUCCAACCGCACACUUAUCCUCCCCCCCAACCUUCAGGCCCCCCCCUCCUCCACCUUCUGCCCCCCCCCCACCCCCCCAAAUUGGGCUUGCGAGAGGCACGGCCCUGGAGACGGCCUCAGCCCCCCCCCCCCCCCCAGCUUCCCCUUCCGCCAGCCACACGAGUUUCUCCUCCCAUGGUGAAAAAUCUGAAUCCCUGCGAAAGCUCCUUCCACGUAAAUAUAGCAUUUCCGAGAGUACCCUACUUGUAUUUAAGCAGAUACCUGGGCUCAUCACUGCAUACAACAAACUGUGACAGUUUCUGUGUGAAUAUUUUUAACUGUGUUUGUGGUACCUGUAUUUAUAUUUAUGUUUAGCACUGUAAUGUUCCACGGUAUAAAGUGAAUGGAGUUCUAUAGCAGUAGAAGAGAAAAGAAAAAAAAAAAAAUCUUGUGUUACACCCUCUCAUGUAUAAAGGUCAUGUCCAGAGGACUAUGUUGAGUAUUUAAUAAAAACUGAAUAUUAUUUUUAAAGUUUAUAGAAUGGCCUCUGAGCUUCAGUUGAAACCUUUCAUGUUGAUAACAGCCUGUUAGAAAGUUCACUUAUCUUCUGUGUGUUUUUCCUGAAAAUCAGCUCCCUCUCCCCUUUUUCUCCCUCCUUCAUACCUCUCUCAUUCAAGAGUAUUCCAAAAAAAAGGGGGAAAAAUACAUUUUGCUUUGUCUCCUUGAAUUAGUCUUGUUACUGUAUUGUUCGGUGGCAUCAGGAAUCUAUGCCAUACCUCUCGCUUCAUGAUUAAAAUGGAUUUCCAAAGUUCAAAA